AUGCCAGCAUACCACAUUGACAUGAUACUGUACUAUGUGUUCAAGGAGAUCAUUCGCUAUACAAAGUUUGCUGCUGCUGCUUAUGUUGACUACUGUGCAACUCCUCCAUAUGGCUCUUCCGUUGUUCAGUAUUUUAACGACGAGUACACUGACACACAGGCGACACUAUUCCGUGACGACCUCGCAAAAGAGUUGAUCAUUGCUUUUCGGGGUUCCUCAUCCCCCACCGACCUAGACACCGAUGUUGAUUUUAACCUUGUUCCAGUCACUGCAGGCGGAAUCAGUUGCGCAGACUGUCUAGUACAUCGGGGAUUUCAAGUUGCAUAUGAGUCUAUUUCCAAUGACGUUGCCUCCACCAUUCAAUCGACCUUGUCAUCUACCUCAGGCUACAGCAUAACCGUUACUGGUCACUCUCUGGGAGCUGCCCUAGCAGCUAUUGCAGCCCCGGCUUUAAUUAAUAAAGGCAUCCGUGUCGCCAAAACUUUCACCUUUGGUGAGCCUCGGAACGGAAAUGCAGCCUGGGCGUCCUAUGUGUCCUCUGUAGUCCCAGACUCAAAUUACUACAGGGUGACACAUGCGAAUGAUGGAGUUCCACACAUUCCUCCUGACAUCCUGGGAUUUCAGCACCACGGUCCUGAGUACUGGGAGAGCAAGUCGGAUGCCAGCAACACAGCUACAACCGUCUACUACUGCGGCAAUAACUCCACGUUGUAA